AUAAACGAAGCAUCGCGAGAGAUGUUUGUUAAUUAUGUGCUUGAUGGUUACGAACGAGAUCCUCGGGUAACACUGGAAGUGCUUGAGCGAUUGAUUAAUAUGGUUGAUGAAAUGAAAGAACUUCCACCGCUUGAGCAAUGUUUCAAACGACUGUGCGACAAUAUCUACGAAAAAAGAGAAUUGCUCGCCGCAAUUUAUGACAAAGAUUUCGAGGAAGGAUUCCAGAAAGUUCGAAAGGUUGUAAUAACACCAACGCGGACGUUGCUUGUUGUACCGGAAUUGCUGAUGGGUAAUCGAGUGCUUCGCGAAUUCGAUGAUAAUGGUGAAGGGGCGUUGCGAAUUCAGUUCCGCGAAGACGAUGGUACACCACUACGGCGUAACAUUGCCGGAUUAUUCGUCAUUACCACUACCGUCCAUAACUCGCUGCUCCACGGAAUUCAUAUUUCCGGUUAG